AUGACUUGGCAAGGGAAGAACCGAACACUGCAGAUCUUGGCAUCGGCCGAGAAGGGUCGCUAUGGUGUUCUGGCGGCCAUUGUCUACAACGUUGAGCACAUCACAGCGUUUGUGCGGGCGGCCGAGAAUCGCAGAUCACCGCUGAUUCUGCAGUUGUUUCCUUCAUCGCUUGAGCAAACCCCGUCGCUGAUUCACGCGGCCGCCGCUGCUGCAAGAAGCGCCUCGGUGCCGGUCUCGGUCCAUCUCGACCAUGCGCAGAACUUUGAGCAGAUCCAUUACGUCGCGGACAACCUUCCAUUCGAUUCCAUCAUGGUGGACAUGAGUCAUCACGAGAAGGAAGAGAACCUCGCCAAGACCAAGGCGCUGCGAGAAUAUUGUCACGGGCGGGGAAUCGCAGUUGAGGCCGAGACCGGGCGCAUCGAAGGAGGAGAGGAUGGGAUUGUGGGAACGGGCAACCUAGAGGGGAUUCUUACCACCUCGGAAGAUGUGGACCAGUUCAUCGAUGCGGGCGUUGAUUUUCUGGCUCCCAGCGUGGGAAACCUGCAUGGAGAUUAUGGGCCAAGAGGGCCAGAGUUGGACAUGAAUCGGCUCCGCCAAGUGUGUCGAGCGUUGAACGGACGGGCACGACUCGUCCUGCACGGAACGAAUGACUUUCCCCCGGAGCUGUGUCGGGCAUGCGUUGAGGUGGGAGUAAGCAAGUUCAAUGUCAACAAGCUGGUGUUAUCUCCCUGGCAUGAGCAUCUUCGCAAGAAUGCACACAAACCGUUGACGCAGUCGAUUGGGGAGGGGAUCGAAGUGCUGACGAGGGAGAUGGAGAAGUGGAUGGAUGUGGUGGGAAGCAGCGGCAUGGCUGAAACAAGCGCGACGGCAAGGCCUCAGGCAGGGACAAGGGAUUUGCUUCCACAAUGA